AUGUUAUCGUUAGUGGCCGACUAUAGUGGUACCUCAUCCAGCAGUGAGGAUGAAGACUCAGAAGAGGAGCCUGCCAGUGUGGAAAAAUCGACAACAAAAGUGGGAUUUGUAACAUACCAUGGUAAUAAUUCCAAACCUCUACUGCCAAGUGCCAGCGCAUUGCUAAAUUCGACAACAAAGGGCACCGGUGUGGUAUUUAGUAAUCCAUUUUUAGAUGCCGAAAAAGCAGAAAUAGACAAAUUACAAAAACAUGUUAAAAUGGUUGAAUCCGAAGAACAUUUAAUGCAGAAAAAUGGUCGUAAGAUAUGUUGGAAUAAUCGCAAAGGGCGAUGUCGAUUUGGUAAUAAAUGUAAAUAUGCCCAUGACUCCGAUUUGGUAGCUGGUGGUGGCGAUAAUGAAACGGAAGCAGCUAGUGAAGAGACACAAUUACAACAAUCCCCAAACACAACUCCCGCCAAUGUUAUCAUAAGUAAAUCUGCUCAAUUAGGACAAGCCCAUGAAGCGCCGGAAGGAAAAACAAAAUCUCGAAAACGUCCUGGUUUGGGUGAUGCACUUGUGCCAGGCAAGAAAGUUAUAAAACAGUAUCAGGCAACUAAGGACUUAUAA